AUGAAUGAAAAUUUCAUUGAAGACGACAUCGACUACGACGACGACAUUAAUAAUAGUGUCAAAGAACUUAUUCAGUCAUUAGUUACUCGUGUAUCAUUUUCACCGAUUGUUGAUCCUGUUUACUUGAACGAAUUUUAUCAAAUUCAGAAUUCAACUGAAACAUUAUUUAUGGGUCCAGUAACUAUUCUAAAUUGCUCUAUUCGACAGUUAUUAAAAUUUGAAUUUAACACUGCUAUAAAAUCUACAAAUUAUUCAACAUUAACAUUUCCUACUGAUCAUGUACCAUCAUCAGCGCGAUUUAAUCGCACUAGUCAAUCAACAAAACAAUAUCAGUUUUAUCAGCAAUUAAAUAAACGACUCGAAUGGAUUCAACAACGAAAACAUUUAUGUAAGCAAUUAAGUACUGAGAAUAAUCUCAAAACUAGAACUCGGACGACCUCGACGAAUAAUAAUUCGGAAAUGUAUACCGAUCAUAAUAAACAACAAAUAGAUAUAUCCAGGUCAACGAUCAACUCUUUGAUAUCAAUUGAGUCAGAUUGGAUUCGUCAACGUUUGAAAUUAAUUGAUCAUACGUUAGCCCAAUUGAAACGACCAAACGAUAAUGAUACAACAGCGAAUAUUUCUGAAUAUGAUAAUUGUGCACGAUGUCGAAUUUAUGAAACAGAACAGCCGUUAACAAAAAAAUAUAAACCUGCUAAACAAAGACAACAAAAAGACAGGAAAUGUCAAACAAAAGAAACUGCUGCUGAUUUUCAAUUACAACUUGAUCCGGAAUAUAAUAUUAUUCUGUCAUUAUCAAAAAUAGCUGAUCGAAUCGGUCAUGAUUCCAGUAAAUGUAACGGAGAAAAAAUGGAGACAAAUGAGGCAAACUCGUUGUCACGUACAACUCGAAAAACUAAACAGCGUAUUAUAAAUACGCUACUACAAGCAACAAGCACAAACGAUCUCUUGAGAACAUCAAGUAGAACACAAAGUUCUGAAAGUCAAACAAAUUCAAACAGUAGUAGUAUGGAUAUCAAACGGAAGGGAACAUCCUCACCGUGUAUCAACCCUCUUCCUUGUCCGUUACUUCAAUCAUCUUUUUCUACAACAUCUCACAAUAGUAAUGAAAUAUUAACACCAUUAUGGCGGGGAUUAACGUCGAAAGAUUUAGAUUUAUUUACUUAUCAUUUAAAUGAUGAUUUUGAAGAUGUUUCCGAUGAUUCUUAUAUUCAUCGACAUUUACAUUGUGAACAAGAACAAGAAUUAUGGCUUCAUGAUCCAUCAACAUCAUCUUCGCACACUACCACAUCUCGACAACAUUCAUCUUCUACGUCAAAACUAAAUGGUUCACAUUCAGCUGGUGAACUUACAAAUCAUAAACAACAGCACAUAUCUCAUGUAAUAAAUAAUUCACAAACAUCACAAAAACGAAAUCAGACGAGUAACAAUCAAACUCCUAGUUACAGAUAUCGUUUGGCAGCAAAUGGAGUUGCAUACACUGAAACUAUCGAAAAAGAGCCUGAUACUUUAUAG